UAUUAAAAAAAGCUUCUGUGCAUCUAAAAUGGCAUCUCAAAUCAAAUAAAAGAAAAGAAAAAAGUUGAUGUUUUAGAGACAGAAAACUUUUAUGCUGUCAACCACUUUGGCAUUACUCUCUCAAAGAAAACAGUUGUACAUAAAAUCUCUCUCUUACCUAAGAUUUAGGGUUUUUCCUUCACUUUCUUUCAAUCCCUGAUUCCGAUUCUUCUUCUUCGUUUCAGUACUGACUCAACUCAACUCAACUCGCUAUAGAAAACCCACCAAACUUUAACCCUCAGUUUCGUGUAACUUUUGUAAAGAAAAGUAUGAUGAUUUGUACUCAUACGAGUCCUGGUUGAUUUUAUAAUCGGAUUUUUUUGUUUAUAUCAUAAUAAAAAGAUCAAUUAUUGAUUCUGCGUACAACUUUUGAACUUUAUUAUUGUGUCAGUUGAGUGAGAUUCAAAGUUUAAAGCUUUGAUUUGUGGGGAUUCGAAUGGGGGAUUCAGUUGGGAGUGGUAGUAAUGAUAACAAAGAUAGGUUUCAGAAUCUGAUAGCUGCAACCAAGUCAUUGAAGUUAAGUUUAGAUAAAUCAAAAGCUUUGGCCUUUGCUCUUGAAAAAACCGGACCUAGAUUAGAUGAGAUUAACCAUAGACUGCCGUCUCUUGAGGCUGCGGUGCGUCCUAUUCGAGCUGACAAGGAUGCCCUUGUUGCCGUUGGGGGCCAUAUUAAUCGCGCUGUUGGUCCUGCUGCGGCGGUUCUUAAGGUUUUUGAUGCUGUUCAUGGUCUGGAAAAAUCACUUUUGUCGGAUCCUAAGAAUGAUCUUCCUGGGUAUUUGUCGGUUUUGAAGCGCCUCGAAGAGGCAUUGAGGUUUUUGGGGGAUAAUUGUGGAUUGGCAAUUCAGUGGUUGGAGGAUAUUGUUGAGUAUUUGGAGGAUAAUAGUGUAGCGGAUGAGCGGUACCUUUCCAAUUUGAAGAAGUCACUGAAGAGUCUUAGGGAUUUGCAAAAUGAAGAUCAAAAGGCUAGCCUUGACGGUGGGCUUCUAGAUGCUUCAUUAGAUAAACUAGAAGGUGAGUUCCGGCGGCUUUUGACAGAGCAUAGUGUGCCACUUCCUAUGUCAGCACCUUCAGCAUUGGGUCAACAGGCUGUAAUUGCACCCUCACCAUUACCUGUGAGUGUUAUCCAGAAGAUGCAAGCUAUUCUUGGGAGGUUGAUUGCAAAUAAUAGGCUUGAAAAGUGCAUAACUAUUUAUGUUGAAGUUCGUGGUUCAAAUGUUAGAGCUAGUUUGCAGGCGCUUGAUUUGGAUUAUCUUGAGAUUUCUAUUGCUGAAUUCAACAAUGUACAGAGCAUAGAGGGUUAUAUAGCUCAGUGGGGCAGGCAUUUGGAGUUUGCAGUGAAGCACUUGUUUGAAGCAGAAUAUAAGCUUUGUAAUGAUGUGUUUGAAAGGAUUGGAUUGGAUGUGUGGAUGGGUUGCUUUGCUAAAAUAUCCGCUCAAGCAGGUAUGCUUGCAUUUCUUCAAUUUGGGAAGACUGUUACGGAAAGUAAAAAAGAUCCGGUGAAGCUCUUGAAGCUGUUGGAUAUUUUUACAUCUCUGAACAAGUUAAGAUUGGACUUCAAUCGGCUUUUCGGUGGAACAGCCUGUAUGGAGAUUCAAAAUCUUACACGGGAUCUCAUUAAGAGGGUGAUUGAUGGAGCAGCUGAGAUCUUCUGGGAACUUCUGCUUCAAGUGGAGUUGCAGAGGCAAAUCCCACCUCCUUUGGAUGGAGGUGUUCCAAGGCUAGUAAGCUUCAUUACCGAUUACUGUAAUAAGCUUAUUGGGGAUGAUUACAAGCCUAUUCUGACCCAGGUUCUUGUUAUUCAUCGAAGUUGGAAGCACGAGAGAUUUCAAGAGAGGCUCCUUAUUACUGAAGUAUUGAACAUAAUAAAAGCCAUUGAGCUCAAUUUGGAGACUUGGACAAAAGCUUACGACGACACUGUCCUAUCUAGCCUUUUUGCUAUGAACAAUCACUAUCAUUUAUACAAACACUUAAAAGGAACAAAACUUGGGAAUCUCUUAGGGGAUUCUUGGUUGAGAGAACAUGAGCAAUACAAAGACUAUUAUGCCACGAUCUUCUUGAGAGAUAGCUGGGGCAAGCUUCCAGGUCAUUUAAGUAGGGAAGGUCUUAUUUUAUUCUCAGGUGGUCGUGCCACUGCUCGUGAUCUUGUCAAGAAAAGACUGAAGACUUUUAAUGAAGCUCUUGAUGAAAUGUACAAGAAGCAGUCAAACUGGGUUAUGCCAGAGAGAGAUCUAAGGGAAAAGACGUGCCAGAUGAUCGUGCAGUCGGUUGUGCCUGUUUAUCGAAGUUAUAUGCAGAACUAUGGGCCCUUGGUUGAGCAGGAUGGAAGUUCCAGCAAAUAUGCAAAAUAUUCUGUGCAGACCUUGGAGCAGAUGCUGGCAUCACUAUUUCAACCUAGGCCAAUGAGAUAUGGAAGUUUCAAAGGCAGGCAGCUUAGCGAGAAAUUCGACAAUGGGGUAGCAGAUCUUCGUCGCACAUCGUCAGCGGUUGCGUGAUCUGUGGAGUUAUCUUGAUGUUUGGACUUAAAAUGGAACCACAGAUAUCCAUCUGUUGCUAAAUGGUCAGUUUUUGCUGUGUACAUAUUUAUAUAUCUCUUUAGAAAAGGAACUUCCUUUCCAAACCAAGGCCUUGCUGGCAAGAAACUCCAUGAGCUUCUCAGUUACGAACACGGACCAUUUUAGUUCGUGGGGAGUUCAGCUAACUGAUUUGUGCUGAGGAGUGCUAGUCAUUAUUGUGAAGUCGUACAUUGGUUUACGUAAAGCUUAGACGAUACAUGGAGGUAUAUCUAAUCAUUUUACUUCAUUUUUACUCAUUGAUAAGUUAUUAGUAGCGGCUGUAAGAACCUUAAAUGCUAAAUUUCAUGUAAAAUUCUUUGAUAUGUGAUGAGUAAGUAGAGGUCUAGCCAAACUUAAAUUAUUUACAUCUCAGAAUUCUGAAAUGUCACAAAGUGUAUGAAUGAUUUUCCUGUUCUCUGUUGCAACUGCCUUGAAUUUAUUGAAAGGCAAAAUCUCCAUUGGUAAUAAAGUGUAAUUUAUGUA